GCUCGUUCGAUUUCCAAGACCCAAGAGAGCGCAUCACGAAUUCUCCGCCGACGCCGUCGAUGCAGGUGGUGUCGAGGCUCCUGAGCUGCUAUACGGGGAGCUGCUUCGGCGAUGCGCAUCCCGCCGACCGCGUACUGACUGGCCGACAUCCAUGUCCACAACUGUUCAAGCUCAAGUCGAUCGUCGUGCACGUUCCAUUAUGCAACAGCCAGCUUCGAUUGGAGUCCACGAAUUGCAAAAUCGCGUGCUUACCCACGGGACUUGUCAAGAGGGUUGUGUUUAUGUACCUGCAAGGGCGGUACGAGGACGCGAUCGCGACUGUCGAUACCACCGACGACGAUGCGUCGGACAACGACGCAGCCAACUCCUCGUCCGAUGAGUCGUAUCGAUCACCAAUAAACAACGCACAGAUUCCUCCUGUCACAGCGACGUCGUCGAUCACGUCGUCGAUGACAUCCAUGAACGAAGCGUACUCAUUUGCCCGAACAGCGUUUCCUGACGUUUCGAACGACCUCAGCGACAGCGAUGAUCUCGGUAGCGCCUCUCUCGACUUCAAAGUGCUGCAAGAUACGUAUUCGCUGACGUUUCGCAAAGCCACGGCCGCAAAGGAAAUGGAGGUCGUGGAGGUCAAACUCUUCAUGGUGAACAAAAGUCCCUCUCAUGAUUCUGGGGAUAUGAAAAUUGUGCACGUGCUACUACGGGACCACCUUUGGGUCGAUAUCGUCGUCUCAGAGUCGUCUCCCGCCGCCACGCCGCUCGACACGUCCGAGGUCUUGGAGUCUCACACCGUGUUCCAGCUCCACCGAUGUGAGACUUGCGGCGACUUUGUCAACGUGUGCAUGUGCGAAGGUGGACCGUCGGCCAUGAAGCCCGAGACAAUUUGGCGCCGCGAAGAGGACAUUCGAAUGGACGAAUGCGUCAUGAAAAUGAAAUCUCGACAUGGCAACGACCUUGGUGACUGGCACGACCAACGACCAACCCAGCAUCAAUGCACAGCAACGUGCGACGCCGUCUUACGCGAGCUUUCCUUGACCCUUGCCUUGGCAUCCGAAGUCGCCCAGUACGCUCAGUUUGAGCUCACUCUGACCUCGUGCAAGCGAGUCCAAGAUUUAUCGGAUCACGUGUAUACGGUCUUUUGCAUCACGGUGUGCCACGGCGACUUGAAAUGGCACAUUUCGCGGCGAUUUCGAGACUUUGUACAACUGCGGGAACAACUCGUGCAAGAGCUUCCGCGCGCGAUGGACCUUCCGGUGUUGCCGCCAAAGACUUGGCUGCCCACAAUCGACGUUAAGUUUAUCCAAGAAAGACAACUGCGGCUCGAGCACUUUUUACGCCAGUUGAGCCUCCGCCCAGACACCAUGCAGUCGGUAGCAUUUCUGUCAUUUCUUGGUGCUGUUUCGUCGCCGCGGCUCGAACACGAAUGGAUCAGCGGCGUGCCCCGAGAUGUCAUCCACUUGCGUAUCUUACAUCGCUACGUUGAAACGGGCGACAUUUUGUUGUUUCAAUCCAAGAAUCCCAUGAGCGGCGUCCAGCGGACGAUGACGGGCGCAGAAUGGGACCAUGUCGCCAUGAUCGUCGAAGCCCCGCAGACCGAACCAAACCGACCUCCGAAAUUCCUGCUCCUGGAGGCUACAGGGGAUGGGGUGACGCUGCUACCUCUGGUGCCUCGGAUCCUUGCAUACAAUUCGUGUUUUAUCAACUACAUUGCACUGCGCAAACUGAGGAUGCCUCCCCGACAUCGCGACACUUUCCAUCGUCGCAUGCAAGCGUUCGUGGCAUUGGUGGAAGGCAAGCCGUACAGCAUGACACUCAACAAACUAAUCCGCCCGCAUGAAACGAACGCAGACUUUUCAGGCUUCUUUUGCUCCGAGCUGGUAGCCGCGGCGCUCAAAGCGUCGGGAUUGAUCCACGAAGCGACGGCGGCAAGUUCGUUUUGGCCAGGCAGUUUUGGCGUCGGCGGGGACGUGGACAAGGAAUUGAGCUUACGCGAUGCGUAUUUGGAGCGAGAGGUUGUGAUUGACUGUCGAGUGCUGGAGAUAGCUCUGGCCAACAACGAUGUUGGUGGUCGUGCCGGCGCAGCUGGAGGACGUGGCGCUGGCACAGUGGUGCACCACCCUUAAGACCCAACCCCUCGUCCUUCAAUAUCAUGCCAAAGUCUCUUGCAGAGCGUUGGAACGUUUUUUUGCCCUCGACCUCUAAAUUUCGACAGCAAAGCCACGACCAAAUUCUACUCAUCCGAUCAAAUUCUACUCAUCUGCGUUCAACUGAAGAUUGCAUUCCUCAUGCUUCCCUUGAAUCCGUCCCGCCAGAUCGUCACAGGGCUUUUAAUUGUGCAGCGUCUGUUUCUUCGUUGUGUAGCACAUGGGUAGCAAAGCGACGUACACACGAUCAAGCGAAAC